AUGUCUUCCAACGACAACACCUCCAGCCUUCAGUCGGUGAUGGACACUGCCACCGGCUACAUCAACUCUGGCAUCGCCGCUGUGACGGGCAGUGCCGGUGACCAGGCCAAAGCAGACCAGUACAAGACCAAGGGCGAGGCCGAGUCUGACCUCUCUCACACCGCCGCCAAAGCUGGCCCUUUCACCAUCAGUUCGUCCGGUGCUCCAGCCAAAGACAACAGCCAGCGCACGCAAGGUCAAUGGGAUCAGACCGUGGGCAGCGCCAAGGAAACCGUCGGCAACCUCGUCGGCAGUGCCGACCUCAAACAACAAGGCCGCGAACAGAAUCUUCAGGGUCAGAGCCAGGAAGCCAAGGGUCAAUUGAGUGACCUUGGAAAGGGUGUUAGCGAUCGAGUUCAAGGUGCCGUUGGCGGUGCCGCCGCUGCCUUGACUGGCGAUCGUGCCGAGCAACAGAGAUAUGCCGAUGUCCAUGACGAGGGAAAGACGAGGCAGCGUGGUGUCGAGCUUGACUUGGACAAACAGGCUGCUGCUCAGAAGUAA